CGUCACUUCAGCAGGACCUUUGUGGCGAUGGGGCUCCUCGAGCUUUACGCAGCUCGUUUCCACUGACUUUAUCAGUGUCACCGGGUUCAGUCAGGGGAAAACAUCCACUUGUUUAGUGCGUAAAAGUGGUCGGAGAGCAGCUUUAUUUUUUUUUCACUGCCACAAUGGCUGCGACGUAGCGCAACUUUUGGAUCCGCGGUGGAUGAUCGACGGCGGUGCAAAACUUUUACGCACUUGUAGGAGACGCCGAGGAGACUUUGAGUCAUGAAGAAGCAGUUUAAUCGCAUGAGGCAACUUGCCAACCAGACGGUGGGGAGGGCUGAGAAAACUGAGGUCCUGAGCGAUGACCUCCUGCAGAUUGAGCGGCGGAUGGAGCUGGUACGUCUGGUGUCGCACAACACGCACAAGAAGCUGGUGUCGUGUCUGCAGGGUCAGCUGGGAACAGACACCGAGAAGAGACACAAGAAGCUGCCGCUGACGGGGCUGUCCCAGACCAUGCAGGAGGGAGGAGGCCAGCUGGGAGAUGAGAGUCUGAUCGGAAAGAUGAUGGAUGUGUGUGGGGAGGCUGAAAGUAGGUUAGCCACCGAACUGAUGCAGCACGAACUGCAGCUCGAGAGAGAUAUUCUGGACCCUCUUAACCAGCUGGCAGAGGUGGAGAUUCCUAAUAUUCUAAAGCAGAGGAAGCAACUGGCCAAGCUGGUUCUUGAUUACGACUCUGCAAAGACGAGGUGGUACCAGGCAACAAAGUCCAACAACCAGGCCAUGGCAGCUAAAGUCGAUUCGCUCAAAGACGAGAUGGAGGAAGCUCUCAAUAAAGUAGAAAUAUGCAAGGACCAGCUCUCUGCAGACAUGUACAGCUUCUCUUCCAAAGAGGGAGAACAUGCUCGAUACUACGUCAUGUUAUUAGAGGCCCAGGCAGAUUAUCACAGGAAGUCUCUGGCAGCUCUAGAGGCAGCUAUACCAACCAUCCAAAUGCAGCAAGACUCAUGGAUGGAGAAACCUGCGUUCGGCACGGCGCUGGAGGAGCAUCUGAAGAGGAGCAACCGCGAGAUCGCUCUGCCCAUCGAGGCCUGCGUCAUGAUGCUGCUGGAGACUGGCAUGAAGGAGGAGGGUCUCUUCAGGAUAGCAGCCGGAGCUUCAAAGCUGAAGAAGCUAAAAGCGGCGCUGGACUGCUCCACCUCGCAGCUCGAGGAGUUCUACUCUGAUCCUCACGCCGUCGCCGGAGCCCUGAAGUCCUACCUCAGGGAACUUCCUGAACCUCUAAUGACUUUUGGCCUGUACGACGAGUGGAUACAGGCCUCCAACGUGUCUGACCCUGACAAAAGGCUUCAGGACUUAUGGGUGACAUGUGACCGACUGCCAAAGACUCACAAAGCCAACCUCAGGUAUCUGGUGAAGUUUCUGGCUAAACUGGCUCUGGACAGUGAGGUUAAUAAAAUGACUCCCAGCAACAUUUCCAUCGUUCUGGGUCCAAACCUGCUGUGGCCCAACGCUGAUGGGUCGCUGGCUGAAAUGGCUGCAGCUACAUCUGUCCAUGUCGUGUCCAUUAUCGAGCUCGUCAUCCAACAUGCUGACUGGUUCUUCCCUGACGAGGUGGACUUCAACGUGUCGGGCAUGUUCGCCAUGCCCACCCAUCCAUCCACCCCGGACCCCGAGUUCGGCCUGGACCGGAGGCGUCCCGGCAGCCUGGGGCAGGACGGGGACAGUCACGCCCCCCGUAAAGACAGCUCUGCUAACAAACAGCCGGUGCCUACUCCUCGCAGAGCCGGCGCUGUAAAUAGAAAGUCACCACUAACCUCACCCACCUUCCAUCCCCCUUUGCCCCCUCUGGAAGCCGCGGCUCCUCCCCAGCUCGAGCCUCUGUCCCCGGCCGCAGAGGCUGAGCAGCCCGGCCUGAGCGGCGCUGGUGGUGGUGGUGGUGGUGGUGGUCUGGGUGGUGGUGGGGUCCAGGUAGCCACAGUGCAGUUUGUAACCCAGCUCAGCGCAGAGGAGAGCAGCCCCGCCCAUGAGCUCACGUCCACCCCCCCUCCCCAGAGGAAUGGUUCGUCCCACCAGCUCUUAGUCGGAACCCCCCACUCUCAGGGCGGCUCCAGGGGUCCGAGUCCUCACAUGACCCGCAGAGGCACCAAGAAACAGGCCCCCGCUCCACCCAAACAGGCCAGCCCCUUCGCCUCUCAGCCUGGCAGCACCCAGACGCCCGGUUCCCCUCAUCACCCGCCCAUCACGCCCCGUCGUCUGCACAGCAAAGACGCCCUGAUCCACGCCCCGAGCCACCCGCCGCCGCAGCCCCCUCAGCCCCAGCAGGCCCAGGGGGAGUCGGAGUCCUCUCCACCCAGCUCCCCCACCCCUCCGGACACUCCGCCUCACGACGGAUCCAACCCUCUCUCCUACCACUCCGGGUCCCUGCCUCGACCCUCCAGGCCGGCGCCGAGGCCUCGACCCCGACCCAGCAUGCCGCCGCCCCCGCAGCCUGCAGCAAACGACAACGAUAACGGAAUAUGUGGCUCCGCCUCCAAGAUCAUAACAGACGGAGGCCUCGUCCUGAAGGGGACUGGACGAGCCUUCAUCCCUGAGGUGAUGGCAGACCAACCAGGAGAGAGCUCUGCUGGCCAGGAACCCACCACCACCACCCUCCCAGCCCUGCAGACAGACGCCAACAUCCACUCAGAGACCACCGCUCUGUGAGGAGACUGACCUCCACAUUCGGCUAAAAUAUCCGACAGGUAACCCCUGAACGCGUCCAGCUCUUUAGGCUCCACCCACAUGACGCCGGACGGCUUCCUGGAAACAAACCUUUUCCUCCUGACUCGAACCAGAAAGCUCAUCCUGCAGCGGUGGUUUAAACCACAGAGCUCCUGUCCAGCCUCCACAUUCAGCCUUCUUGCUCCAUUUACUGCUGGGGAUUUUGACAUUGGACUGCAGAGCCUAAUAGGACUUGAACAUGUAACCUCAAUAACAUAGCAGCUGACCUCAAAGGGUGCUGGCAAAGCUUUCUCUCUUCUCCUGUUUCUUUUUGAGAUCUUGCCAUCGAUGCUAAAGAUUCUUUUGGAAAUCUGAAUCUGCUUUAAGUAACAGAUUUCCCCACAUAGACCCACUGGUAUUUUUUCAGUUGUUUGGAGAUAUUUGAAUUAGAACCAGCCACUCAUGAUGUAUUUGUCAUGAAAUUGCUCAGACAUUUUCCAGCGUAUCAGUUUCAACUGCCUGAAUGAGUUUUUUUUUUUAGUAAAGGACCAAAGGACCGGCUGUGGGCCAAAGAACAUUCAGUUCAAAUUCAGAGCUGAUCAGCUUAUUUUAAGGUUGCUAAUGACCAAAUGUUUGGCAAGAGUGCAAUAAAAAACACUUCCAGUGGUGUCCAUCCACAGCACAGAUACUGCCGUGUUUGGUAUUUCAGGCAGUUUUACUUCAUUAUCUCUAAUUAUCCAAAUCUAGGGCGGAUUUUACUUGAUUUCCACCGAGCUGAAUCGGAAAAAUGUAUUCGAUGCUCAUUUUUUUAAUAUGAAAAGGGAUUUUUUCAGCUAAAUAGAUUAUAACAUGCAACUGAUCACUCCUACUUAAAACUCAAAGCUUUGACUAAAUACAGCCAAAUUAUUGAAAUCGUCUUUGUGUAUAAUUUUUUCACGACUUUUUUUUUUUUUUUUUUUAAAGAAAUUUUUCAGCUUUUUUUUUUUUUUUUUUUUUUAUUACUACCCAGCAUUUUUAUGGUGGUUCUUCUGAACAUAAUGCAUUAUACAGUGCAUCAUUACUCCUGAUGAUUAAAGAUCGUUCAACCUGA